CCCGCUGUCCCUGAAUUACCUGUCAGUGGCUUGUCUGCUCAACACCUAACUCCACGCCGGGCUGUGGGAUGCCAGGGCCGAGAUGUCGGAACCGGGCCAGAUCCAGAAAACUGGUAAAGGCCCCUGAGCUGAAUAGGUGCUGGACUGGGGUCAAGUAGUGAGAUCGAGAAAUGGAAGCCAGGCUUGGGGGAGAAAGGUGGUGGUGGUGGGUGGUAAGAAAGACAUGGGUCGGUGAUGGGGGCCAGAAACAUAUAUAGGAGCAAGGUUGGGACAAGCGGCCAUGGCUUCAGGGACAUGGACAGGGAGGCAGAUUCCAGUAGUGUCUCAAUAUCCCCUGCAGGCUGAAGCAAUGGCAGCUCCAGGGAUACCACCUCCCUUAACCCCAGAGGCAGCUGGUAACAUCUCAGGGGGAGGGAGUGGGGAACCCAAGCAGCUGCCUGAGCUGAUCCGCCUGAAACGAGAUGGAGGGCAUCUGAAUGAGGCAGACAUCAGGGACUUGGUGCAUGCAGUGAUGGAUGGAAGUGCACAGGACACACAAAUCGGUAAAACCCAUGCUCUGUGAACACCUCAUAUGCAGGGCAUGGACCUAGAGGAGACAUCUGUGCUGACUCAGACCCUGGCAGACUCUGGGCAGCAACUGGAGUGGCCCAAGGCCUGGCACCAGCAGCUUGUGGAUAAACACUAUGGAGGUGUGGGUGACAAGGUCAGCCUGGUUCGCCCUGCCCUGGCUGCAUGUGGCUGCAAGGCGCCAAUGAUCAGCGGAUGUGGUCUGGGGCACACAGGGGGCACAUUGGAUAAGCUGGAGUCUAUUCCUGGGUUCAGUGUCACCCAGAGCCCAGAGCAGGUACAGGUGGGCCACUAAUCUAUCACUGAUCUGGAUACUGCUCUUACUGGAGGAAGUGGGAAGCUGGUCCCUGCUGAUGGAAUCCUGUAUGCUGCCCACUCAUUACAGGCAACCCCUUCUGUCUCCAGGUAUCAUACUCUGGGGAUGAUGUUUCUGUUCUCCACAGCAUCAAUCCUCAGUAAGAAGGUCGUGAAGGGACUAUCCACUCUGGUGGUGGAUGUUAAGUUUGGGGGAGCUGCAGUCUUCCCAGACCAGGAGCAGGCCCGAGAGCUGGCAAAGACGUUGGAGAGCCCAUGCUGGGCCUCUGUUAGCGCAGGAGUGGGCCUGGGGCUGCGGGUCGCAGCAGCCCUGAUCGCCAUGGAUGACCCUCUGGGCCACAUCGUCGGUCAUACCCUGGAAGUGGAAGAAGCAUUGCUUUGUCUGGAUGGUGCGGGGCCGCCGGACCUACGGGACCUGGUCAUUAGGCUAGGGGGCGCCAUCCUUUGGCUUAGCGGACAGGCGGAAACCCAAGACCAGGGCGCCGCCCGAGUGGCCGCGGCGUUGGAUGACGGCUCUGCGCUGCGCCGCUUCCAGCUGCUGCUUACGGCGCACGGCGUGGACCCCGGCCUAGGCCGAGCACUGUGCUCCGGGAGCCACGCCAGAGAACAAGCGGAGCUGCUAGCAGCCGCAGACGCGACAGUCCUCCCCCUUAGGCACGUCCUGGCGUUGCCGCUGGCCGUGCCUCACGAGCUCGGGGCCGGACGCAGCCGAGCGGGGCAGCCGAGCAGGCCGGGAGUGGGUGCCGAGCUGCUGGUCGACGUGGGUCAGUGGCUGUACCGCGGUACACCCUGGCUCCGCGCACACCUGGACGGCCCAGCGCUCAGCCGCCCGCAGCGCCGCGCUCUCCGGGCGCUCGUGCUGUCGGACCGCGCAGCCGUCAAGGCCCCUUCGCCCUUCGCUGAACUAGUCUUCCCACCGACCAUCGCACAGCCCUAAAUCCG